GCUAGUUAAGAGUCGAUAGCUAGCUAGUUAGAUACUGGCUAGCUAACUAGAGAUGUUACACAAUCAGAUUUAUUUUCCUGUUGCACAAAAUCUGCUUUUUGGAUGACAUAAACAGCUUUUAACAGAAUAGACAGCUUUUAAAUUUAGCUAGGCCUUCAGACACUGUGGAAAACAGAUAGCAAACUAGUUAUCAGAUUAGCUGGACAACACAUUCACAUUGCCUGAAGUGAAAUGUAGCCAGACCUUCAUAGCAGUGAUCCAUGCAAGUUGUCCUGUUUCAACGAACCCUAACAAAAUAGCAGUUGAUCCUUAGCUUCCCCUAGUAGCUAAACAUCUUCUUGCAGCGUUCCGACAGACUAGAAGCUUAGUGGUUUGCAAAAAUGCGCAGGUCCCAGAUGAGAGCGCGUGAGUGAUUUCCAUUGUUUUUACUUCUGCGUGUGCAUGUGACACAAGCUCGUCCAUGUAACAGCAUGAAUAUAAAACGUUAAGCACUUAGGCUGUGAGUGCUGGGGGGAAAAAAAUCAGCCUCGAAGACAAUUCAUGGAAAAAAUCUAUGGUUUUGGCACAAAGGUGAUAACGAGGGUGUAUUUUUAGCAAAGAAUAUGGACAACUCUACAGAGCCAGAUCUUGCCCAUUCAGAAGUGUCAGGACACCAUAUUUAGUACGCUCCAAACCCAUUAAAUUGUUCCAUGGUAUAUAUACUAACACCCACACAGGACCUAUUGAAGGUCAGAGCUGUCCAUGUCUGAAUUGAAAGCAAAAAAGUAAAGGUGUAUUAUAAUUGUUAAUACUGUAUGACUAUUAUUGUUGUUGUUCCACUUAUAAUAAUGCAUUUGUGCCUUAACCCCGAUAGAGAAGUCAACUUUCCAAAUGUGCUACAAAGACACUAUUGGAAUUGUCUUUCUGGGCUCGGCAUCAGUUAAACUGCAGUACUGCAAGUCUCCUCUCUGUACAUGGGAUGGCGUGAAAACCGGAACCCUGGACCCUUGAAAGAAUUCCUCAACUUCAAAACGUUGUUCUCUCCAUAGCAAAACUAGAUUAGUUUCUAUGCUGUACUCACUACUGGCCUCGUUUGCUGUGAUUGAACGGUAAAGACACACCCAAAUAAACACCCGCAUCAAACCACACCCCCAAGACAACUCACUGUUUGCGUGGCUUUCGCUCUUUGAAAUAUGCUAUCGAAACUUAUUGUUUCUGCUUCGUGAUUAUAAUCAUCACACCGGGAAGCAACAUAAAUCAAACAUCCGAUCAUCACUCCUGACUGUCACUCCUGACUGCGCUCAGCCAACGCGUUAAAAGUCAUGGACAAACUUAAAUCAGUUUUGAGCGGAACGGAUGGACCCAAUGAAAACGGCAAUAUCUUGCAGGCAGCGAAUGAAGCAUCUACUUUGGGUUGGGGUACACGAGUGAAGGGAUUUAUUAUCUGUUUUGUGAUUGGGGUCACCUGCUCAAUCUUGGGAGUCUGUAUGCUCUUCAUCCCCAAAGUAGGAAUCCUCCUCUUCAUCAUAUUUUAUACCUUUGGAAACAUCUGUUCACUCUGCAGCACCAUGUUCCUGAUGGGACCAGUCAAACAGCUGAAGAGGAUGUGUGACAAGACCAGAGCUCUGGCCACUACUAUCAUGUUGACAUGUCUUGUGUUGACUCUCUGUGCAGCCUUCUGGUGGGUGAACUUUGGUCUCGCUUUGUUGUUUUGCAUUUUGCAAGUCCUAGCAUUUGCCUGGUAUGGCUUGUCAUAUAUCCCUUUUAUCAGAGAUGCCAUCCUGAAGAUUAUUACGAUGUGUGUAAAGUGAAGACCCCAGACUGGCCUGUCAGCUUGAAGGAACAACUGUGCCUCGGUUUCAAAGGAUAUAUUUCUGGUCUGAGCUUCAUGGAUAUAUGUUUGAAACUGAAUGUUGUAUUGUCCAUAACUUUGACACGCUGCUUGAGAACGGACCAACCAACUCCUUACAGUAAAAUUGUACUACCUCUAUACCCUUCCAUUUAAAAAAUGUUAAUGGUAUUUUUUUAUCCUUUGUAUUUCCACUAUUAGGGAAGUAUUGUGCUUUGGGUUUAUUUAGAUGUUUUGACCAUUUCUAGUGGAAACAUUUGUCUUUUUUACUAUGUAUAUCUGUUUGCUACUGUGGGGGAAAUUGUUGGUGAUGAGAAGUAAGAACAUGUAAUUAUUUGAUCCAAUUGUUGAAUUGUUUUUCAUAAGGUCUCUGCAUAUGCUGUAAAUAUGUGAAUGUAUUAUAAAGGUUUAUAAAUGAAGGACUUUA